AUGUCUGGCUACGAUCAGUACAACAACCAGCAGGGCGGCUACUACGGCCAGCAGGGCGGCUACGGUCAGCAGGGUGGCUACCCCCCUCAGGGCGGCUACCAGCAGCAGGGCUACGGACAGUCUUCUGGAUACGAUCAGGGAUACAACCGUAGCGCUAGCUCCGGCUCCGGCGCCGCCAACGACUACUAUGGCGGCGGCGGACAGCCCGAGCACCACCAGCAAUCCUACGGUGGUCAGCAGCACUAUGGCCAGCAGCAAGGAUAUGGUCAGCAGGGUGGCUACGAAGGACCCGGUGAACAGGCUCCCGGCGGUGCUCAGGACGGUGAACGUGGCCUCGGCGGUGCUCUUGCCGGUGGUCUUGCCGGUGGCUUCGCUGGCCACAAGGCUGAUCACGGAUUCCUCGGUGCAGUUGGUGGAGCGAUCUUGGGUCACAUCGCGCAGGACGGCUGGAAGCAGCAUAAGGACAAGAAGGAGCAGGAGCAGCAGCAAGAGUAUGGCGGCUACGGUGGCAGCCAAUAUGGCGGCCCCCCCCCCUCUCAGGGUGGAUCCGGCGGCAACCCUAUGAUGGACCAGCUUGGCAGCUUCUUCAACAAGCGGUAA